UGGCCGAGCUCUCCCCGGAUGGAAGCUCGGGCCGCUGAGCGAUGGUGGCGGCACUGAAGAUGGGCCGGGCAGGGACCAUGGCGGUGGCCGUAGAGGUGGCAGGGGCGGGGCAGCUGGCGGUAGAGGAGGCUGUGGUCUUCAGGGGGCUGUAGGUGGAGGCAUGGCUCGGGCCAGCAGCGGGAACGGCAGCGAGGAGGCCUGGGGGGCACUUCGGGCGCCGCAACAGCAGCUUCGAGAGCUGUGCCCAGGCGUGAACAACCAGCCCUACCUCUGUGAGAGUGGUCACUGCUGCGGGGAGACUGGCUGCUGCACUUACUACUAUGAGCUCUGGUGGUUCUGGCUACUCUGGACUGUCCUCAUCCUCUUUAGCUGCUGUUGCGCCUUCCGCCACCGACGAGCUAAACUCCGGCUGCAACAACAGCAGCGGCAACGUGAGAUCAACUUGUUGGCCUACCAUGGGGCAUGCCAUGGGGCUGGCCCUGUUCCCACCAGUUCACUGCUUGACCUUCGCCUUCUCAGCGCCUUCAAACCCCCAGCCUAUGAGGAUGUGGUUCAUCGCCCAGGCACACCGCCACCUCCUUACACUAUGGCCCCCGGCCACCCCUUGACUGCUUCCAGUGAAUGCACCUGCUGUUCCUCUGCAUCCAGCUGCCCUGCCCACUGCGAGGGGACAAAUGUGGAAGGUGUUUCCUCCCACCAGAGUGCUCCCCCUCAUCAGGAGAGUGAGCCUGGGGCAGGAGUGAGCCCUGCCCACACCCCCCCCUCUUGCCGCUAUCGUCGCCUAACUGGUGACUCAGGUAUUGAGCUCUGCCCUUGUCCUGACUCCGGUGAAGGUGAGCCAGUCAAAGAGAUGAGGGUUAGUGCCACCCCACCAGGUCUGGAGGGCCAGUCUCCUUGUGCACUGCCCCCAGAACCCAUGCUACAGGUCUCUCCUGUGGGGCUGGCUUCAAAUGGAGACAUACCAUAAGUAGUCUUGGAUGGAUAGGUUUCUUAGCCACCAGACAGCCCUGUUUUCAAGUCCUUCUUGGCCCCUCCUGUCCUUCCUACAAUCUACCUGAAAGGGCGGGAGCCCUGGGGAUGGGGGCAGUACUGGGAGACUGCUAGCUUUACCCACCCCCCCAACACAUACACAGGAGCCUUUAAUCUCAUUAAAGAGAUGUGAACCAGC